CCUUUUUUCGACGGUAAUAUAAUUUUUUCUCACCCCACCUUUCGCUUUAUUUACUCCACCGGAUCCUUCCCUCAUUUCAGCUGUCCGCCUCUGACCUUCAAAUAAACCCUAACUCCUCUCCAGCUCUCUCGCCCCUUCUCUCGUCUCUCUUCUCUCUUCUCGUCCUCUUUGAUCGAAGUUUUAGAAACCCUAACCUUGAUUUAGGCUUCGAGGAGUUCCAAUGGAGGCGCCGGAGUACUUGCAUGGCGGUUACUACAAGGCGGGAACCCCCCAAUUCGCGCCAGAGAAGAAGGUCGGCGGUGGUGCGGGGGAACAUUUCGUGGUGGAGGACCUGCUCGACUUCUCGAACGAGGAGGAUGAGGCCGGCGUGGCGGCCGGCGGGGACGACGCGGGGUUCGACGCCACGGCCGGGAACUCGACGGACUCCUCCACGGUCACCGCCGUGGACAGCUGCAGCAACUCUUUCUCCGGUUCCGACCCGCAUUUCUCCGGUGACCUUGUCUGCCGGAGCUUCGCCGACGCCAGCCUCUCCGGCGACCUCUGCGAGCCGUACGACGAAUUAGCCGAGCUCGAGUGGCUCUCCAAUUUCGUCGAGGAGUCCUUCUCCAGCGAAGACCUCCAGAAACUUCAGCUCAUCUCUGGAAUCAAAUCUUCCUCCUCCUCGUCGGAGAACCGGGCGGAGAUCGCCCCCACCGUCGGCGGAGGAGCCGCCCAGCCGGCUCUUUUCCGGCCAGAGGCCCCUGUCCCCGGCAAGGCCCGGAGCAAGCGGUCCCGCGCCGCACCCUGCAGCUGGUCUUCGAGGCUUCUGGUUUUGUCUCCGACGACGACGGCGUCGUCGCCGGAAUCGGAGCUGCUCGUGCCGGCGGGAAGCUCCUGCGGGAAGAAGGCCGCGGUGAAGAAGAAGGACCAGUCGUCGAGGCCCGCGGUGGCACCGGCGGCGGACGGUCGGAAGUGCCUCCACUGCGCCACCGACAAGACGCCACAGUGGCGGACGGGGCCGAUGGGACCCAAGACGCUGUGCAACGCCUGCGGGGUCCGGUACAAGUCCGGCAGACUCGUGCCGGAGUACCGGCCGGCGGCGAGCCCAACCUUCGUGCUCUCCAAACACUCAAACUCUCACCGGAAGGUCCUCGAGCUCCGCCGCCAGAAGGAGCUCCAGCAGCAGCAGCUCCUUCAGGCCGGCAGCUCCGCCGUCUACGACGGAGGAGCGGCGGCCGCCGGCGAUGAUUUCUUGAUCCACCACCACCUGGGCCCCGAUUUUCGGCAACUCAUCUAACUGUUAACAGAGCUCGAAAUAUUUCCCAAAAAAAACGAAAAUCUCAUUUAGGAAGAAUUUCAGUAGGGCUAGCUUGGAGGAAUUUUCGUAGAAACUUUUAUUAGGCUCCUACUUUUGGGUUCUGAAGCAGUUCUCGUGUGUUUGAAUUCUCCUUCAAUUUAAUUUUUCUUUUGUUUAAUUUUCCUAACCUCGGAAAUCUAGAGAGAAUUCUAGUAUGUACUCCAGAAUUUUCUUUUACUUACAAAAAAAUCAAAAAAAAUAUAAAAUUGGGAA